CUCUUACUGGCGCGAAAUAAAAAAGAAACCAAAAUGGCGGCCGUAGGAGCGAGCUUUGUGACCGAUGUUUUACAAAAAUCAGGGCGUUUAGAAAAGGAAGAUUUGCAAACAAGCGUUGGAAACCUUUCACGAAAGGCAGACGAUGUUAAGGUUGUUAGAUUUUUGUACAAAUUGCUUUCUACGGUUCUUAAUUUAUGUUUGAUUUGUGUAUAAAAUGUAUACGUAUUUUUGCACAGUACUACUUAUUUCGAUUUGUUUUUAGUUGGUUUUCUACUUUUCUAGACCCGAGUCUAUUCGUUAAUCCUAAAACAGUACACGGAAUUUAAGCAGUCGUGUGAUUUAACAAUGGAAAUGAAUUCUAAAGUUCAAGAAUUAUCCACAGAAAUGAAUUCUUUAAAUGAAAAAAUUAAGGUUGGUUGGAUGCAGCUCUGAUGAACCAUAUGUUAUUGGUGGUCUAUCUGUAUUUCACCUUUUCCACCGGGCCAGACUGAAAAGUUUUAUUUUGCACAGGCAAUUUUUUUUUUCUUCGGAAAAAUUCUCGGAAAUGUCAGAUCUUUUCACAGAAAAUUUACGGCAGACCAAGGAAUCCUGCAGUCAGAAAGUGUUUUUCCCCAAUAGGGAGAUCAGAAAUCUUCUUGGUUCUUGGUCUGCAAAGGCAUUUUGUGCAGACUCUCAAGAAAUGAUUGGUGCAGUUCUUUUACAAUUUGAAAACAUUUUGUGUAGAUUUCCAUAAUAGACCUUUUUAAAAAGUCUGCCUUGUGAUGUACUUUGUGGAUAAAGGAAAACCCCACACAGCCAUUUGGCUUGCCCAAUUGACCAAAUGAUCAUAUUUAUCAGCAAACUACAUUACAGAUGAAGGCAGACUUUUUACAGUCAAAUCGGAUGUUCUCUUGCGAGCAACAUUGCAAUAUUGUCCCACAAUAUUGCAAUUUUGUUAGGCAGAUUGCUCUGAGCAAUUUGCAACCGACGCGAACAAAUUGCAAGUUGAAAUUCACAAAAGAUUUGUAAACAAAGCCAGCUCUGAUUGGACAGAGCAAUCUGCCUAUCAAAAUUGCAAUAUUGUGGGACAAUAUUGCAAAUAUGUUGCUCGCAAAGGAACAUCCGGUUUGACUGUAAAAAGGUCUAUUGCAAGUAUUUUUGCACAGGAAAUUAAUUUCCUCCAAAGAAAAAAAAAUGAAAUCUGGUGAGCUAGCUGGUUGUCAAAUGUUUUAUUAUUUUAGGGAGAUGUUGAGACUCAACUUCAAAAAGCAAACAGUUUAUAUACAGAUCUUUCUGAACAACUAACUGAAACCAAUCUCAUCAUCAAUGUUUUAAAGAAAUUGUGUCAGGUACAUUUGUUGGAGAAAGGUUUUGGGCCGUUUUGAAGUGAAAAAAAACCCAACAUACAUAUAGUCUUCAAGUUUAGACACUUGUUGAGAUGUGAGCAUUUGAAAUUCGGGCUAGUUCUUAUUGCUGAGCUAUUAUGGUCUCAAUGUUUUAACAGAUUCAUGAUUCAAUGUCAAAGCUGUCUCUUUUGAAAAUUUGCAAGGCGUAUGACAAAGUUUUGCAGAUUUUGCAACUUGUGGUAGGUGGUGUGUUAUUUCUACAGUCGGCCAAAAUAGUAGCGUAAAAAAAAUAUUUUCUAAAAAAACGUGCAGUUUUAGUCACUUGUUAAAAAUUUGUAGAUGUAAUAAUAAGAUGGGAAUGAGAACUCUGAGUUGUAACUUUUAGAAAAGUCUCCUUGAUGAUCUACCAAGAUCUGGGGCUGAGAGCAAGAUUUUUAGAACAAUGAGGGUAAUAUAUAUCUUAUUUUAUGGUUGUGUAUGAUGACAUCACCAUAAUUAAUCACUACCACCAUCAUCAACACCAUUAUCAUCACCAUCAUUAUCACCAUCAUUAUCACCAUCAUCAGUAUCAUCACCACCAUCCUCACCAUCAUUGUCAUCACUCCCAUCAUCACCAUCACUACUAUCAUCAUCAUCACCACCAUCAUUGUCACCACCACUAUCAUCACCACACAUAUUACCAUCACCAUCAUUACCAUCAUCAACACCAUCAUCAUUACCGUUACUAUCAUCAUUGUCAUCAUCACCAUAACCAUUACCAUCACCUUUACCAUCAUAAUCACCACCAUCAUCAACACCAUCAUCAUUAUCAUUGUCAUCAUCAUCACCAUCAUCAUUACCAUCAUCAUCACCAUCACUACCAUUAUCACUGGUCACCACAAUCAUCACCACACCAUUACCAUCAUCACUAUUAUCUUUACCAUCAUUAUUACCAUCAUCAUCACUAUUCUUACCAUCAUCAUUACCAUCAUCACCACAUCAUUACCAUCAUCACUAUCAUCUUUACCAUCAUUACCAUCAUCAUCACUAUUAUUACCAUCAUCACCAUCAUCAUUACCAUCAUCACCACACCAUUACCAUCAUCGCUAUCAUCUUUACCAUCAUUAUUACCAUCAUCAUCACUAUUAUUACCAUCAUCACCAUCAUCAUUACCAUCAUCAUCACUAUUAUUACCAUCAUCACCAUCAUCAUUACCAUCAUUAUUACCAUCAUUAACGCUACAACCACAAUCACCGCCACCCAAAUUAACACUUCAGUUCUACCGUCCCAAGGCUGAAUACCUGACAGAAUACAGUGAGUUUCUCCAGACCCUGGAUAGGUUGUGGAACAAAUCUAUUAUUUGGCAAACAACAACAACACCAUCCUGGGACAACAUUGAUGGACACCUUAAAACAGAGUUAACCAUAUCCACUAGUAUGUCACCAAUAACUACGCUGUAUUAAGUUUCUAAACAUCGUGAAGUCUAAGAAUUUGGAGUGUUUUUUUUUCUAUGUAGGUGAUACAGCAGACAUAAAAUUGGCUUUGCAAACAAUGCAGGUAUUUAAGUACUUUGCAAAAUUGUCCUACAAAAUUUACCUAGUCAAAACUUUGAAUAACCGCUGGGGAAUUCAUACCUGUACAUUUUAUUUAUAUGGAGCAUUAGAAUUGCUUUAUUUGUGAAAAUGUACUGUCUAGCACUACACGACCCAACCAUUAGUAAACAUAUUUUUUCUCUAGUCACUUAAACUUUUGGAUGAAAAGUUGAACAGAUUUGGUAAGCUUUCAAACAUGCUAUAUCGAUCAUUACUUACUCCUUGUAUCGCAAAAUGCAUGAAGACGUACAAAGUCUUACUUAAAGUUUAUAUUUUUACAGGGAAAAAGUUUCUACAGUUUAUCAUUAGACCUAUCGUCAUUUUUCCGAGGUAAAAUUCACAACUAAGCAACAGAAGUACAGACAGGCACAGUUAUAACAGAUUCACAUAUACAGUAUUAAGAUCACAAGCAAUUCAUCUGAGUUUUUCAAUUCUUGGUUAUAUGAGAUUUAUAUGUAUAUUGCCUGCUUCAACGGUAAAUCAUACUUCUAAAUUUAUUUUUGCAGAUUAAAACCAGUUCAUAAUCAAACUGGCGAGGUAUGUUGUGCGUUUUUUUUUAUAUUACCAAGUGUUUUAAUGGCAGAAUUAGUUCAAACGAACUGUACAUUCAUGAAUUGUAAAGUUUGCAGUUCGAUACGUCAUGUGUUAAUUAUCCUUUUAGGCGUGUAUAUUUUCUUUCUCAAAAGAUUUGACGAAGUCUUCUAAAUUGGGAAUAAGUAUGUCGAUUUUUUUUAAAAAUGUUCAUCCUCUAAAGGCCCAUUAAUACUAAGGAAAAUUUCCGACACAAACUUUCGGUCGGAUUUUCAAGUUGAAAAUUUUCAAUUUUAACAAUGAUACUUUCGGAAAAUUUACUGUCCGUGGAAAUUUUUCUCGAGUGGUAAUGGGCCUUAACUCUUUUUAUGAUUAAAUCAUAACAAACAGUUUCAACUAAAUAAACUGAACUAACUUUGGAGACCUCUAUCAGUUUCAAACUAGUCUCGUAGAGGUCUAGUGAGCGGCGUCCCUAUUCCCUUAAUAGAGAUAUCAAGAUUGACGAGGAAGCUACAUGCACCAAUGGCGGCUAUUUAUUCUUCAACCAAAUGCUAAAAUAUACUAUCUUACACUUUUAGCCAUAAUGUUAGAGAGGAUAGGGCAAACUUUUGAACAACUUAGUGAAGCUUUUAUGAAUAGAAGCAUUCCUGGUUCAAACGAUGGACAAGAGCAACGAUCUCUGGCAUCGAUGUUGGGUGAGAUUAUCUGGUCAUCUCUUACUGAGAUUAUUAUUAAAGAUUGUUUGGAGAAAUGUGUGCCCAAGACAAGUAGCCAAGUAAGGAAUGGUCACAAUUGCCAUCAUCACCACCAUCUAUCACAACACUACCAUCGUCAUUGUCAUUACCACCAUCAUUAUCACCACCACCAUCAUCACAACAAUACUAUAUUACUGUUAUUACCACCACCAUCAUCACCACCAUCAACACACAUUAUCAUUCAUUACCACUAUCCAUCAUUACCAUCACUGUCAUUACCACCAUCCAUCAACACUACCAUCAUCACUGUCAUUACCACCAUCCAUCAACACUAUCAUAAUCACUGUCAUUACCACCAUCCAUCAACACUAUCAUAAUCACUGUCAUUACCACCAUCCAUCAACACUACCAUCAUCACUGUCAUUACCACCAUCCAUCAACACUAUCAUAAUCACUGUCAUUACCACCAUCCAUCAACACUACCAUCAUCACUGUCAUUACCACCAUCCAUCAACACUAUCAUAAUCACUGUCAUUACCACCAUCCAUCAACACUACCAUCAUCACUGUCAUUACCACCAUCCAUCAACACUAUCAUAAUCACUGUCAUUACCACCAUCCAUCAACACUACCAUCAUCACUGUCAUUACCACCAUCCAUCAACACUAUCAUAAUCACUGUCAUUACCACCAUCCAUCAACACUACCAUCAUCACUGUCAUUACCACCAUCCAUCAACACUAUCAUAAUCACUGUCAUUACCACCAUCCAUCAACACUACCAUCAUCACUGUCAUUACCACCAUCCAUCAACACUACCAUCAUCACUGUCAUUACCACCAUCCAUCAACACUAUCAUAAUCACUGUCAUUACCACCAUCCAUCAACACUACCAUCAUCACUGUCAUUACCACCAUCCAUCAACACUAUCAUAAUCACUGUCAUUACCACCAUCCAUCAACACUACCAUCAUCACUGUCAUUACCACCAUCCAUCAACACCACCAUCAUCACUGUCAUUACCACCAUCCAUCAACACUACCAUCAUCACUGUCAUUACCACCAUAUCACCACCAUCAUCACCACCACCAUCAUCACCACCAUCCAUCACAACACUAUACCAUCAUUACUGUCAUUACCAUCAUCAUCACCACCAUCCAUCACACAUUACCAUUCAUCACAACACUAUACCAUCAUUACUGUCAUUACCAUCAUCAUCACCACCAUCCAUCACACAUUACCAUUCAUCACAACACUAUACCAUCAUUACUGUCAUUACCAUCAUCAUCACCACCAUCCAUCACACAUUACCAUUCAUCACAACACUAUACCAUCAUUACUGUCAUUACCAUCAUCAUCACCACCAUCCAUCACACAUUACCAUUCAUCACAACACUAUACCAUCAUUACUGUCAUUACCAUCAUCAUCACCACCAUCCAUCACACAUUACCAUUCAUCACAACACUAUACCAUCAUUACUGUCAUUACCAUCAUCAUCACCACCAUCCAUCACACAUUACCAUUCAUCACAACACUAUACCAUCAUUACUGUCAUUACCAUCAUCAUCACCACCAUCCAUCACACAUUACCAUUCAUCACAACACUAUACCAUCAUUACUGUCAUUACCAUCAUCAUCACCACCAUCCAUCACACAUUACCAUUCAUCACAACACUAUACCAUCAUUACUGUCAUUACCAUCAUCAUCACCACCAUCCAUCACACAUUACCAUUCAUCACAACACUAUACCAUCAUUACUGUCAUUACUACCAUCAUCACCACCAUCAUCACACAUUACUAUCCACAACAACACUAUACCAUCAUUACUGUCAUUACCAUCAUCAUCACCACCAUCCAUCACACAUUACCAUUCAUCACAACACUAUACCAUCAUUACUGUCAUUACUACCAUCAUCACCACCAUCAUCACACAUUACUAUCCACAACAACACUAUACCAUCAUUACUGUCAUUACUACCAUCAUCACCACCAUCAUAAUCACCAUCAUUAUCACCAUCAUUACUUAAUCAAUUUGUUCAUUGUAGUUGGAGAAGUAUGAAGACACGUUAGCAUCUAUUGCAAAAUUUGAGACAACUCUAAUUACUACAGGUAUUGAAACUUGAAUAUCGUAACUCGAUACUCUGCUACUCUAGUGUAUAAAGUUUAAUAUGUUAUGUCUUAUGCAGGCUAUCUUGAAGAAAACACAGACACACUUCAGGCUUACUGCAAGAAUGUCACAACACAUUUUUCUAAUAAAAAGGUAACGCACAUGCUUUAUGCAGGGGUGGAAAAAUAUUUUUGUCAGACCGCAAAGUGAAAACAUUUUCGGUUGUCCACACUUCGAGUGCAGUCAGCACUGUAAAUCUUUGAAAACGGAAUUCUGGCGUUUAAAAAUCAAGUUUUGCCAUUUGAAAAGGUAGUUCUGGGUUUUGAAAAGGGAGUUCUGGCAUUUGAAAACCAAGUUCUAGUAUUUGAAAAGGGAGUUUUGGCAUUUGAAAAUGUAGUUCUGGGUUUUGAAAAGGGAGUCCUGGUAUUUGUAAAGGUACUUCUGACAUUUGAAAACCAAGUUCUAGUAUUUGAAAAGUUUGGAGUUCUGGCAUUUGGAGUUCUGGCAUUUGAAAAGGGAGUUCUUGUGUUUCAGUGUAAUCUCCACCUGUUAAACUCUAGCACAUCCUGUGCUAAACUAAUUAAAGACUCGCAUUAUCAGCUCAAGUUAUUUUAUAUUAAAUAAUUUUGACAUGUUUCUAGUGUCAGGACUUGUUGUUUACCGCGAGGGAAAUGUUAAAGUCGAACGUCAGUUUCCAUAAUUCAAAAAUAAUAUCAAUACCAGACAAACAUAAACCCAUUUCUCCACUGGAUGAUAUAUCUGGCGGAAAGACCAAGGAUGAAAAAGACAGCAAGAAAGAUGAGGUACCAUUAUCAUC